AUGGCGACUGUCAUCGUGCAGCAACAGCACUCGCUGAGCCAUUCUACCUCUCCUUCCCCUACCAUCGUCCACCGAUCAAGUCCAAUCCCCAACAAGCAUCUACCUGUGUGCCCCACGGGUCCAUCUCCCGCAGAGCUGGUCGCACCGGAAUCACCAGUACUGCGAUCGGGGGACCACGAUCAGGUUUCCUCAUUGCUCUAUCCCCCUUUCCGCUACCAUACAAUCUCCAGCCCACCAGGCUCUCGAGUGUAUGGCAUUGAUGCCCAAGCCUUGGCCGACGCGUUGGAAUAUCAGGCAUCGCAACCUCUACCCGACCCUACCAGCAUGUUCCCAUGGCUUCAUGGACUGAAUCCCGCCAACCACCUUCAGUUGGGAUUCUUCUCCAGUCGCAAGCGCACACAACGCAAGCCUCCAACCGCCUGGCGUGGAAUCACAAUUGUCAAGGUGGGGGGUGACCUCUCUAAGUCCCGUAUCAAGGGCGCUGUGGCGCCACAUGAGGUCAUUUCUUCGACGUCGCGUUUCUUGAUGGCCGACCCACCAGAGGGAUUCUCCGUCCGAAACUUUCAGAUUCAAACUGCCAAGUUGGCUCCGUUGUCAGAUAUCGUCGUCUAUGGCGAGGAUGGCAUCGAGCGCGACAAACUGCUGGCUGUAGCGGAUGAAUUUACAAUGGCACAAGCAGCCUGGCGGUUCAAGUUUGAUCCGUUGCAGGAUCGAAAGCCAUAUAAUACUUUCGUGCUCACGAGCAGCUUUUCUGAAUUUGAGCAAAAAUGUCCUUUUUGGGUCGGCGUGGAUUCGAAGGGCGAACUUACCCCUCACUCCAUGGAUUUCAGCCAAUGGGAAAGACGUGAAAUGUCUGAAAUGUCCGCCGCCUCCGAAAUCUCACAGAAUAUUUGGCUCGGCCCAACUCCCGAUUACAUCAUGCGACCAGGCGAAUUUCCUGUACCCAGUCCGAAUCCAUUUGACCUGUUGAUCGAAGCAAGCGAUCUAGCAAGCAUGCCGGGACCUCGCUACCUAGCGCUUGUUGACCAGAAGCUCGAGUCAGGUCCCCAACAUAUUGAGUUCCCCUCGUCUGGAUCUGUGGUGCUUCCGUCUGGUAAUAAUCGGGAAGUGGAAGAUAUGGUCAACACCCUUCGAUGGUUGUAUUACCUGGCUCACCCUGAGCCUACCGAGGUGACUGACAACCAAGGUGAUAUUGAAAUGCGAGAGAACAAAAAACCUUGUCGGGUGUUGAUCCACUGUGCCGAUGGCUAUACCGAGUCUUCAUUGCUUGCAGUCGCUUACUUCAUGUUUGCUGAAGGUGUUCCAAUCCAUGACGCGUGGCUCAAGCUGCACUGCCAGAAAAAGCGAAACUUCUUCGCCUACCCGACUGAUGUCGCGUAUCUCACCCAUAUUCAGACACGUCUCUUGCAAGAAAGCCCCAUGACCAAGCUAGGGCAGUCCAUGGACCUGACAGAUCCAGAUUGGUUCCUGCAGAUGGAUGGCUCUUUGCCUAGUCGCAUUUUGCCGUACAUGUAUUUGGGAAAUCUCAACCAUGCCAAUAAUGUUGGAUUAUUAUGGGAACUAGGAAUUCGACGAGUCCUAAGCAUAGGCGAGGUUGUAUCAUGGACCCAAGAUGAACGCGACAAGUGGGGCGAGAACAAUUUGAUGUACAUCAACAAUGUUCAAGACAAUGGAAUCGAUCCAUUGUGUCAAGAGUAUGCAAAAUGCUUAGAGUUUAUUGAGAAAGGAAAGAAUGAGGGCACAGCAACUCUGGUUCACUGCCGUGUCGGUGUGUCUCGUUCUGCCAGUAUUUGCAUUGCACAUGUCAUGGCGGAGAAAGGUCUUACCUUCCCUAAUGCAUACUGCUUUGUCCGCGCUAGACGCCUGAAUGUUAUCAUUCAACCUCAUUUGCGCUUUGUCUACGAGCUUCUUCAAUGGGAGGAAUUUCAAAACAAGAAACGCAAUAUUCCCAAAACUCGAGCAGCAGAGUGGGCAACUGUCUGCCGUGAAAUUGCACUUCUGAAUAAGCCCUACUCGCGACACUAG